AUGCUUUCGGUCUCAUCAGUAGCACUUCUUCUAAUACAAGCCUCCUCCUUCUUUAAGGCAGGCUAUGCAGCAAGUGAUGAAUCAUCCCUAUACGGUACUUGGUCAUCAAAAUCAAAUCAAGUCUUUACGGGUCCUGGAUUCUAUGAUCCUGUAGAUGAACUACUGAUUGAACCUUCAUUACCAGGUCUUUCAUACUCUUUUACUGAGGACGGAUGGUUUGAAGAAGCUACAUACCAAGUCGCAGGGAACCCAAAGGAUCCAACCUGCCCUGAAGCAUCAUUGAUUUUCCAACACGGUACAUAUGAAAUAUUAAGCAAUGGAACUCUAAUUUUAACUCCUAUUGCUGUUGACGGAAGACAAUUAUACAGUAACCCAUGUGAUGAUAAAGGUGUCUCCACAUAUACUAGGUAUAACCAAACUGAGUUGUUUAAAUCAUUUGUAGUGGAAGUGGACGCAUACCACGGUGUGUACAAAUUACAAUUAUAUCAACACGAUGGGUCUCCAAUGCAACCAUUAUAUCUAGCUUAUAAGCCACCGAUGAUGUUACCAACUCAAACUUUGAAUCCAACUGAAGGUGCUUCUAAUACUGAUUCUGGUGCUAGUGCCACUGACACCCAAGCUGUUAACGAAAAAAGAUCACUCAGAACAUUAGUGAGAAGAAGUUUAGAAAAUAGACAUAAGACAAGUGCAGUGAAAGUUCAUAAGGGAUUUUGGAAUUCUGAUACUUUUUGGUAUCUAUCUGCAGGUUUGCUUGGACUUGGUUCUGUCAUGUUCCUAUACUCUUGA